AUGAAACAAAUCCAGACACAUUGAUUAGCACAGAAGUUCGGGAAGAAGAGAGUUUGAUGCAUAUCUGAUGGUACCAUUUUGGAAGAAAGUGAUUGUUUUGAACUAAGAGCCUUGCAGAUCACAGGUUGACCAGUUUCAAUGGAUUCUUCUUCUGCUGCUACUGCUACCUACACUGCAGUACCUGAAACAGAUCCCCAGAUAGAACACAUAAUUGACAUUCCUAAAGAAAUUCAGCCUGCACAGCAUGAACAGUGUUGUAUUUACAAGGUUCCUCCAAAUCUCAGAAAGUUGACUGAAGGGGAAGCCUAUGAACCAAUUUUGAUCUCAAUCGGCCCUUUUCACCACAACAAAAAACCAGAACUAGAGCCAAUGCAUAGACAGAAGCAAAGGUACUUUCUUUCCUUCUGGGAACGUGUGACAAACAAAAGGGCUUUGUCCGGUUACAAAGUCUUCCUCAGUGACAACAUUGAAACCAUAAAACACAGGUAUUCAGAGCCAACAAGCCUCAGCAAAGAUGAGUUUGUGAACAUGAUCUUGUUAGACUCAGUCUUCAUCGUAGAGCUCUUUCUGAGAAAAUCCAACAUUUCUGAACAGAAAAAUGACAACAUAUUCACCACAGCAUGGAUCUGCAAGAACAUCCAGAGAGACCUGUUACUACUUGAAAACCAGCUUCCCUUUUUUCUCUUGGAAAAUCUAUACAAAAGUGUUAACAGGCUAAGCGAUCUAAGCUUUCUUGAGCUUGCAAUCAACUACUUUGAAGAUUACUAUCCACACACCUCAACACCAGACAAAAAAACCAUUGACAAGAACUUCUCAUCUUGCAACCACUUCACUGACUUGGUAAGGCGUUUCUACCUUCCAGAAAAGGUUAAUGCCAAGGAUUGGAUGCCAUCCAAACACUUCACUCCCUGCAGCAAAAACGAAUGUGUCCUCAAGACUGCAACAAUGUUGAACGAAGCAGGAGUUAGCUUUGAGAGAGUACACCAUAAAGGUUUGCUAGACAUAAAGUUUCAAAAGAUUCAAGUUUUGAGCUGGUUUCUUUGCCUAGGUUGUCUACCAUGUUUCACAUGUGUAAAAGCCCGUUUCAGAAUCCCUCAGUUAAAAGUGCUUCAAACAACAGAAUGUGUGCUGAGGAACCUCAUUGCCUUGGAGCAGUGCCACUAUCCAGAAGAACCUUUCAUGUGCAACUAUGUUUCUCUGAUUGACUCACUGAUUCACACCAAAGAGGAUGUUGAGUUGUUGGUGGACAAGGAAAUCAUUGAACAUGAACUUGGCUGCCACAGUGAAUUGGCAAAUAUGAUAAAUGGUCUUUGCAAGCAUGUGGUGGUGAAUUGCAACUAUUAUGGCAAAGUGACAAGGAAACUCAAUGAUCACUACAAUAGUUAUUGGAAGCGUUAUAUGGGUAUGUUAAGGUCGGUGUAUUUCCGUGAUCCUUGGAGACUGAGUUCAACUGUUGUAGGAGUUGUUAUCUUCUUAUUUGCCAUUGUCAACUUUCUUCGUGUUACUGGUUUGUAUCAUCCAAAACGAUGAUCUGUUUUUGAUGUUGUGAACUGUAAUGUAAUCACUUCAUUUCAUGUUUUAACACUGCUCAACUGAUUAUGAAUUGAA